UCUCUUAAAAGCAACACAUGAUCUUGUAACGGUCGAGAAUUGGGAGAGUCAAAGGGAAAAGCACACAAUCAAAAAUGAGUCACUCCUUUGAGGCAUGCAGCACCAUCAAAGAAGUUUAUUUCAGUCAAAAGCUCAGCCACCUUAAGUCCCGCAUUAACAGAAUUAUCCUGGUCCCACAUUAGGAGAUGGUUUCCCCCCUUGCCCUGCUUACCUCCAACUUAUCUCUUACGCCGCUGAGACGCUCGACGUACACGCAGACGGGGAUCACUGCGGUGGAUCUUGACGUGACAGCCUGCGAUAAGGAAGAGGCUCAAACGCCGCCUCUAUUCUAAGACACUUGCCAAAUCCAACCAUGGGGAAUAGCACGAGUAGCGCCUUGUCCAAGGAAAUCCUGGAGGACCUGAAGCUGAACACCAAGUUUACCGAGCACGAGAUCGGCCAGUGGUACGAGAAUUUCCAGAAACAGUGCCCGACGGGGCGCAUCACGCCCGAGGAGUUCGAGCAGAUCUACGCCCGCUUCUUCCCGGACAGCGACACCAAGAGCUACGCCCGCCACGUGUUCCGCUCCUUCGACACCAAUGACGACGGCACGCUGGACUUCAAGGAGUACAUCAUCGCCCUGCAUAUGACCUCCAGCGGGAAGAUCACCAGGAAGCUGGAGUGGGCCUUCUCGCUCUUCGACGUGGACAAGAACGGAUACAUCAACAAGACAGAAGUGACGGAAAUCUGCCAGGCGAUCUUCAAGCUGAUCCCCAAGGAGGAACAGAGCAAGCUACCGGAAGACGAGAACACGCCCGAGAAGCGAGCCAACAAGCUCUGGUCCUACUUUGAGAAGAAGGACAACGAGCGACUGGCCGAAGGAGAGUUCAUCAAGGGAGUGAUUGAGAAUGAAAAUGCAAUGCGGCUCAUCCACUACGGACCGCUGAAACAGUGAAAGGCCACGUUUGCGAUGCCACCGAGUCUGCUCCGUUUCCUCCCUGUCUUUUUUGAACAUCCCCCCACAAGUGUAAAUAUUUUGGGUUACUUCUUUGACAGAAAGUGAUAUCAAAUGUCUUAUUCUUUUACUCAUGUUUGUCAUAUACUGUAUCAUCUAAAACCAAAAUGAUUCAUGACUUGUUUGGAAAUGACGCGAGGAAAGUGUUACAAAGACUUCAGAUUUGUGUUAGAGAUGUUAAUAGAAAGCAGAUACACUUUUUGUUGGUUUUUUUUUAGGACCCUUUUGAAAUUGAGCUCGGUCCCAGAUUUCAUCCGGCAAUUUUGAAGAAUCUCAAUCCAAUUCAUUUUUAGCAUAACAGAACGUUAAAACCAACUUUAAAUAAGAAGAUUGCAUAUAUGUGGAUAUGAAAUUUGAGAUUCGUCCAAAAGAAAAAUAAGAAAAUAAACAUACAGACAAAACAUAUUUCUUAAAUGAAUACCACACACACACACACACACACACACACAUACAGAUUUUAAAAAAUGAGUAUUUAAUUUAAUUGGCCAGAAUAUGAAUAAUUCUGGGGCUUCAUUCACUAAAGGAAGAUAAAGUGCAACGAACAGGUUAGCCAGUUAACAGCCGGCCAACUCUACACAAAUUCACUGACACCCACGUCACUCACCAGGCCUGGCAGUCCUUGCUUCCGAAAGCUCUACACGCUCAAAGUCACAGAUACUACAGUAGAACGCGAGAGUGGUGACACCAAUUUGAUUCUGGAUCCGAUGACUCAAUUAAUGAAUAGCUUCUGUAUUGUCAAACUAUCAGAUAGCUUCAGGCGUCGACCUAAGAUGAGCUGUUUUUGUGUCAACAAGGUCGACGAGAAACUAUUUGUCGCUCAUCUCAAAUGACUGUUUCUCAUCAGCUUUUAUUAUUUUGUUGAGUGAUGAGUGUUUUUUUUUCAUCCUGUUGAUUAGAAGGAUAUUUUAGCUCUCAUUGAGUCGCAUGUUGUCAUUCUCGACACAACUUGGGAAUGAUGCACGCCAUCAUAGAAGUGUCAUAGUUGAUGGUUUGCUGAUAUGCUCCAUUGUUUUGUUUUGGUUUUUGUUUUUUUGUUUUUUUUACAGCUAUUGAAACGAAUGUAGUCAUUUUACUCCUGAUGUAUUGUAACUCGAAACUAUACGGUGUAGCAUAUGACAUUAAAGAUUUUUGUCAUACA